GGCUCAGCAGGCAGGCAGAAAGGCAGGCUCUGCAGGGAAGGAGGAGACGGGCUGAUCCUGUAACGCUGCUGCUACUGCAGAUCCCGUUCGGCGCUGAGCCACCGCCGUCGGGAUUCGACUCUCGUACUUACGAACCGAGCGCCCCGCGUCUCUGGAUUAGGACUCGAACCCGCCGCCAUGGACUGGGGCACCGAUCUGUGGGAUCAGUAUGACAACAUUGAACGGCACACCCAGUGGGGAAUUGACCUGGUGGAGAAAUAUGUGAAAUUUGUAAAAGAAAGGACUGAAAUAGAACAAACAUAUGCAAAACAGCUAAGGAAUUUGGUGAAGAAAUACAGUCCAAAGCGCAUUUCUAGAGAAGAUCCAGAAAUGAAGUUUUCACAAUAUCAAUCAUUCCUGAGUAUUCUGAAGGAGCUGAAUGACUUUGCCGGUCAGCGAGAAGUUAUAGCGGAGAACAUGACCAUGAAUAUCUGUGCAGACAUUAUUAAAUAUUCUCAGGAGAUCAAGCAAGAAAGAAAAGUGUAUCUACUAGAAGGAAGACGAGCUCAGCAGAAUUUAGAAACGAGCUUCAAGCAUCUUGAGAAUAGUAAACGAAAAUUUGAACGUGACUGCAGAGAGGCUGAGAAAGCAGCGCUACAUGCGGACAAGACUGAUCAGGAUAUUAACGCUACCAAAGCAGAUGUGGAGAAGGCAAAGCAGCAAGCUAAUUUACGUAAUCAUAUGGCGGAAGAAAGCAAGAACGACUAUGCAUCUCAGUUACAGAAAUACAAUCAUGACCAGAGCCAGUUCUAUUACACAGACAUGCCACAGAUAUUUAAUAAAAUGCAGGAAAUGGAUGAGAGGCGAAUAAAAAGGCUAAAACAAGGAUAUAGUUCGUUUGCCGAGAUGGAGAGGCAAGUUAUGCCAAUUAUAGGAAAAUGUCUGGAUGGAAUGACAAAGGCAGCUGAAUCUGUUAAUGAAAAAUAUGACUCUCAGUUGGUAAUCGAUUUACACAAGUCUGGGUUUCCACGACCUGGAGAUGUAGAAUUUGAAGACUAUAGCCAAGUGAUAAACAGAGCCUCUUCGGACAGCAGCUUAGGAACGCCAAAGCCUGCGGGCGAUGUCCGAUCGGUUGGCAAGAACAAAGGCAAACGGUGGCUGUUCAGUAAGAGAUACAAGCUUCCACCCCCUCCCUUUUCAUCUCUGAAUUCUCACCCUUCGUUUGCUGCUAAUGGAACCCUGUCCCCCAGCUUCAGUCGGGAUCCCCUGUCUUACUGUUUGAGCGAGAUCAGUAAGACAGUGAAACCCCGGAUCCCAUCCUUCCGCACCUUAAAGAGGGGGGCAACUGUGUCAGAGGAUUUUAGUCACCUUCCUCCUGAGCAGAGGAGGAAAAAGCUGCAGCAGAAACUAGAUGAAUGCCACAAAGAUUUACAGAAGGAGUUUGACCAACGAGAUGCACUACAUAAGAUGAAGGAUGUUUAUCAAAAAAAUCCUCAGAUGGGGGACCCCAACAGCCUUGAUCGUGGAAUAGCAGAGAACAAGCAGAACGUUGACAGACUGCAGACUGAAAUUCAGAAGUAUGAGAUGUGGUUGGCAGACGCGGAGGGAAGGUUGGCGAACAAAGGAGAUACCAUAAGGUAUAGCGGUCAUCUCGAACAUUCUGUGACGUUAAACAACAAUGGCCCUCAUGAAAAAGAAAGUCCUGAUACUACGCAUUCAGAUGACAGUGGUCAAGAAGCCAUCACUCAGCCAGUCUACACAGAGUUUGAAGAAGAGUUCCCUGAGGAGGAUGAGGAAGAAACGGUUUCUCCUAUUGGAGAAUGUAUUGCUCUCUAUCCAUUUGAAGGCUCAAGUGAAGGAACGAUGUCCAUGACUGAAGGAGAAAAACUUGAUGUUGUUGAAGAAGACAAAGGUGAUGGAUGGACAAGAGUUCGACGGAGUAAAGGGGAAGAGGGCUAUGUGCCCACAACCUACAUUAAAAUCACUUUGGACAGACACUAGUAGAACAAGAAGUGAUGGAAUGUUUGCUGAGAAGUCUUGCCAUAAUGUAAAUCAGGACUUGAAAUGACGAAAUACAGACUAGAAGGUGUGGAAGUAAAGCUCCAGUGAUAGGCAUGAACAACCUGUUUUUUCUUCCUGUCACAAUGCACGUCUGCAGUAAAACAGGUCCUGUGCUACAUGGCCCAUAGACCCUGUCGUGCUUCAGUGGGAGUUAAGCCAUGCUCUGGAUUUUGCACUGGAACUGUUAUGGCAAGACAGAACUUAAGACAGUGAUUGUAUUUUUUUCACUAAAGUAUUGACUAUAUUUUAAGUAAUGCAAAACAUUUGGUGUCUAAUGAAAAUAACAGACUGCACCACAGAAAGGUCAGACACUCCAUAAAGAAAUCUCUGCUUAUCAUUUAUACGCACCAUUUCCGCAUCACCGCAGUUUUGUUGCCGGGUGCUUUAGCUGUGCCAUAAUGUGUCUGUGGCUCUGCACAGCUUUAGUCUCACAUCACUUUUUGAGAGACAUUUCCUGAUCCAUUUUUGGAAUUGCUAAGUUGUCAGUGUGUUGAUGUUACACAUAACAGCAUUUGUACCAUUAAGUGCUGCUAGAGGCAAAUAGAAGAACCUUAGUCCAAGGAAAUGUACAUAAAACACCAGAAGUGGCGGGGGGGGGGGGGCAAUUUGCUUUAUUUGUACUGAUGCCUUUUGCUUGCACAUUUAUAUCUGUUUUCACGUUACUUAGCCCAGCAGUAUGAAAAAAAUGUUUCGGCACACAGCGAAAAUCUUGUUUGUAGUAAUAUGCUGUCUUUCCCAGCAGGAUUUUUAAAACGUGUAAUGCACCUGUCUUCAGGUGACUGUUGCUGACCAGUACCUUCUCCAGCCACUGUGCUGGUGAAUGUUUCACACUAUGUUCCUGUUUACAUCAAGUGCUGAAAAUGAGUGCAUCUUCCCUUGCAGGAGUCUGUAUGUGUCAGCCCAGAUGUAAGUGUCGAAUUUAUUACAGGCUUUUUUAUGUCACAAUACCCUUGGUUACCAGUGUGAAUGGCAGCAUUCUGCUUCCGGUGUGGGUUUACUUCAUUUUCCAGCAACCAUCAGCACUUCAGAACCUUAGUGUUAGUGCAGAGGUUUUACCUCCCCCCAUUCUCCACUGCACCCCCUACUGGCAGACAGUUAUAGUUGCAUGUCUGCCGUAAGAAUGGGGAAACAAAACCGUUGUCAUUACUUUGAAUAUGUGGGCAAUUAUCACCCUGAAGCAGUGCUUUAAAGACCUUUAUUUAAAAAAAAAAAAAAACAUUCUGAGUGGAUGGAAACGGUGACUCUUAACUCCUGCCUGACAGGAAACACCUGGUUGUACUAUGUAUACAUCUGAAAAACUGUCGUGAAUGCCCACAGGGUAGUAGUAACUGCAAGUUUUUGAUAUUUCAGAACGAAUUGCUGCCUCAUGGCUUUUUAGACAUGUGCACCAAGCUUUACACCACAGGUUACUCUAGACCCCCAUUGCUUCAGGAGUACUAGUUAAACCCUCAUUCUAACGCACUGACAUUCAUAGCUUAGCCUUUAUUUCUGGGACAGCAGUAACUACAGUAAUUCUGAGGGUAUUCUGGUAAACUCGUAAAAGAACUCUUUUAUGGAUAACGUCUUUUAAAUGGCUGUUCCACUGUUGGUUUUUGUGUUACUUUUAGCUAAGCAACAGUUGUGGCUGUUCGGCAGGUGUAUUUGUAGCUAAACACCGACUCUUGCAGUAUUGCAUCGAUUAGAGCUUGACCUGUUCGGCAGGUGUAUUUGUAGCUAAACAGCGACUCUUGCAGUAUUGCAUCGAUUAGAGCUUGACUGUUCGGCAGGUGUAUUUGUAGCUAAACAGCGACUCUUGCAGUAUUGCAUCGAUUAGAGCUUGACCUGUUCGGCAGGUGUAUUUGUAGCUAAAUACCGACUCUUGCAGUAUUGCAUGGAUUAUAGCUUGACACACUCUCCACUGUCACCUCAAGAGUAUUUGUAGCUUUGGGUCAUUUAACUGUUUAGUCAUAUCACUAGUAACAGAGUCUGACAAUAAAUGAGUCCCAGAGCAGACACUGCUGGGGUGUAGCGCACAAAUGCACCAGAAUUAAUAAUGAGGAAGCACUCCAGUGAUGGUAACCAGUGUUCAUGUCACCUCUGAUAGUGAUCUGACCGGGGCACACUUCCCCUUACGGUCUCAGUGCAGUAAUGACCAAAAACUAUAGCAGCGAUGAUAUAGAUGGUGGGUGGUUGUUACAUUGUUUCACUGACAGACUGUAAGGGAUUGCAUCCGUGUACUUUAUCCAGUGAUAAUUUGAGUGAUUUUUAACCAACACUAGUCCAGAAUUGACUAUAACUAACCUAAGAGCCGAGAUCCUUGGUUAACCUGGCUUUCAGAAGAUCCUUAGUAGGUGAGAUCCUUGGUUAACAUGGCUUUCAGAAGAUCCUUAGUAGGUGAGAUCCUUGGUUAACAUGGCUUUCAGAAGAUCCUUAGUAGGUGAGAUCCUUGGUUAACAUGGCUUUCAGAAGAUCCUUAGUAGGUAUUACACUUCUUUAUAGCACUUUGUUAAAAAGGUAACCAAAACCUUCAAGGGGCCACCACAUUUCAUUGUAAUAAUGUAUUCUCUUGAAGCAGUUGUUACUCCUUUGGGUUGAUUACCCCUUUUUUAUUAACUUUGCACUGCAGUGAGGUAUGUUAAAUGCAUUUUUGUAUGACGCUGGUUGGAAAAUUAAUUGUCACUAGUGUUGAGUAAGUUGCUGCAGUCUUUCCAGUGGUAUUUCAUGGAUUCUGACGGAAGAGCAGUACAAGUAAUUAAUGGGCAAGUUGUAACUGAACGACUUGUGAUGGCUGAAUUGCCAACUCAGAUGCUACAGAAUUUUUUAUAUUACAUUUUGAGGUUAUGAAAGGACUGAACAUAGUACAUAGGAACUCCUUAUGUGCCUUCCAUUUGCGCAGAUUUUAGGAGAUUGCAUUUUGACUUCUAGGAGUAAAAAUUACUAAGUUGUAAUGGGUAUCCGCUAGUAUUUAGUACCUGGACUUUGCACAUCUUCGAACUACUAAGACUGCAGAUUUGGUCAUACCACCUGACCUGCUCGUGGUGGUGUGACACUUACCUUAUUCAGGGUACCUGGACAAGGUUCAGCGUACCUCACCUUCUCAGUACCUGAAUAAGGAAAAUACUGUCCUCUACACCUGCCAUUUCACUGGUCAGGUAACUGGGUCUUCUAUAAUGUGUUUGGACACUCCAGCAAACAUGACAUUUUUGGUUGUGUGCUGAUCCUUAUCACUUUCUCGCAUUUCUACAAUAUAUUGCUGCAAAUCAUAACGUACAUAAGUCGUCCUGAGAGAGGUAAAUCCUGUAGGACAAGCCACAAAAACCACCAAGCUCGGCACUUGAAGAGAAGUGAAACCGUUUUAACAAACAGUUCGAUAAGUCCUGUAGGAGCUCAGACAGUUAUGCCAUGCAUCAUUCCGAAGGAAGAAAUUUGUGGUGAUUAGUAGAAGAAAUUUAGUUAACAUGCAAGAACAGAUGUCAGAUGACUGUUGUAAUGUGUGAUGAUGGAGUAAAAUGGGGUGCACUGAGCUUUCCUGUCCCAAACCCAUCAGGACUGUUUCUGGUUCUCUUGGGUAAGGUGUGGGUUUAUCAUCUGUCUUACUUGUGCUUCUGGGCUCUUGCCACAGCUUUGUCCCCAUCCUGUGAUACAUAGAAAGUUGUUAUGAAUAUUGCUCUCCAGUAUUACUUCUACCAUGAUGUUCAGUAUCCCUGUGACUGUUUGUUGAGUACUUCACAUCCUUUCUCUUCUUACCCCAUUUAAAAGUUAAUCGGUGUUUUUGUUUUGUUGUAAUCGGUGGUCCACAUCUUGUUCUGUUUGCUCAUGGAAGUAGCUGUCACCUUUGCUAUCUGUUCCAUGUGGAAGUGUGAAAGUUUGUAUUGUUUAUACUAUUUCAGGGGAGCGCACAUGUGAAGCACAUUGUCCUUGUGUAGUUUUUAUAAUUUCAGUGUCCUGGUUUAUAUGGCUGCUACACGGCUUAAGGCACACAGUGUUCCGUGUGUCUUUUUACAAAUCCUUUUCCCUGCAAAUGCGUACACAGUACCAUAGCAUGCUGGCAGUCCUGGUGUGAGCUUGGUUACACUGUCAGCUGUAUUUAGUGAGUGUUUGAUUUGUUCCUUGUUUAGUUCUUGCCAUUGUGUGUGUCCGUUUGACUCCUAACCAUCACCUUUUUCUGUUUUCUUCCCUGGAGUGAAUUGUUUUUUGUCAGUGUUAUGUUUCAGACCAGUUUGGCACCCCUUUACUGAUCUGAAUGACUUCUUCAGUCCUUUGCCACAAUUGUGUGUUGAUGUUGUACAGGGACUUCCUCUCCCAUGUCACUGAAGGAUUAAUUCAUUGUUUCCUCUUAUUGUUCUGCUGUGAGUAGUCAUGGCUCUUAAACCUGUGUUCCCUAUGUUAUCCUGCUGUGGAAUUUGCCUUGAUAGCUAUGUAUGACCUGCCUGCCAUGAGAGACCACAUUUCUUGUGUAGCUCUCCCUGGUGGGUUCCUGCCUUUAGUCCUUUCAGGCUUUAAAGAUGGAUGACCACUAGAGUGGACAAGGCUGUGGAAUGAAGCACUGCAUUUAAAGCCACAUGUUAGAGAAAGUAUAGUUACUGCCCUCUGAACACUUAUCAUGCAUGCAGGUGAAUAGCUGAAAGUGUAGGGUUGUGGCUUUCAUCAUCUGUCAACAUCGUGCCAUGACAUGUUCCUUCGAUUCCACAUUGUAGUGGUGUGUUGCUGAACCAAGGUCAGUGACAUCACUGAUGAAACUUUAGUCCUCUUCAUGGUGGGCCUGCUUUGCUCUCUGUGCUUUUAUUGAUUCUUUGCAUCUUUCUGCUGACCAGCUCUCUGUAUGUUCCUUUCCUUAAUUGGUGAUUCCUCAUCUUCAACAUGAUUUGCUGUCCUCGCCUUGUCAGUGUUAUGCAUGUGGUGUAUAUGAAAAUGUCAAGUUCUAGGGUUUGGUAUGUUUGUGCAAGUAAAUGUGUAUGGUGUCUGUGUGCUCCAGGGCACACGAUGUCCAGCCAUACUAGCUGAGCAGUAAAAAGUACCAGUGUUUCUUGUGGGGAAAUUACUACUACUACUACUUAAGAGGCAGGGUUGGCUUAGGUUUAUAUUUAAUGCUGUGUUCCCCAUGUACUGCUUCAAACCUCCAGUCAGAACGCUUUUCCAUUCCUGCUUGGGUUGUAAACUGUCCAUACAAAAUAACUGAAUCUUGCAUUUUCUUUUACCUUGAGACUUGAGUUUAUUGAAAAGGUCUGUAGUGGGCCAUUUCAAUUGCAUGGCCAAAGAAAAACUAAAUAAAAGUUAGCUUGACUGUUCAAAUUCCUUUAUCUAUUCGAGUAGUGAAUAGUUAAGGCCUGCACAAAAGCCUAACUGCUACAGGCACCCAUGCUACCAUGUGACAGGAUCACUAAAUGUAGGAGUGGGCAUACUUCCUUGCUGCAGAUCCUGCCUUCCUGCCCUGCUUGGAGAACCCAUGCUUUGAGCAGUUCCUUUAAGAUGACCUGUGCCCGCAGGUGAAACUGUGAUAUGCCAGUCAUCAGGAUAAUUGUUAGUGGAGUUAUGAUUUUAUGCUUUAGGGAUUCACAACUAUUCCACUGACUUCAUGUCAGUCACCUGCAAGGAUGCUUGUCUUCUCACUCAAGAAAUUUAGGAGCCUCUGUGUACAGAUGUUUUUCAUAUGAUAGCUGAGCUGUGUGAAUGUGUGUGCCUCAUACAUGGGUCUGGCCCUGGGAUAUGAACAUGUGUGUUUCAGGUUCUAAUCCUGGGAUUGUGAAUAUGUAUGUUUUAUACACAUUGUCGCCCUGGGAUGCAAGUAUAGCCGCAUCUCAUAAACAUGUUAAACCUGUGUGUGUGAGCAUGUGUGUGCGUGUGUCUGUGCGGUUGUCUGUGUAGAUAUGUUAUGUAUUCCCUUCCCUGGAGAAAGAAUGCAUGUUGUGUGCAUUUUGUUAUCCCUGGUAUGUGAAUGAGUGUUUGUGUAUAUGGCUAGAGCUGCGAUGUAAAUGUCUACUUUUAUAUAUUGUUAGGCAUGUCAUGUGAGCAAUGCCAUAUGUCUGGAUGCUGCUUUUGAAUAUAUGUAGCCCAGUUGCCCGAGAUUUGCUUAUUGGAAAAGCAUAUUUGGUAACCUUGAUUUCCUUAGCAGUUAACUUGCUGUGGCUUUUCAGAGGGUUAUAUAGUUGUGGGGUAUAUAGUUCUCAUUAGACAUCGGAACACUUGUCAUAAUAUGGUGUUACCAUCUUUAUUGAAACAAAUUCACAUAUUACCUGUAUUCUUUUCUACAUAAUGUUGUUUUGCUGAAAUGAUGCAGUUUACAUUAAAUAUUAGUAAAGUUAUUUGUUCUGCAUGAAAGGAAUAAAUGCACUAAUAUGGGACUAUCUUUAUUCCUCAGAAUUGCGCCACCUCACAGAUAUUGUCGUAUUCUGGUGCAGUAAAGCAGGCUGAGAAUUUGUCAUGUGCAUUACUCUUUCUUCUGUCGUUGUAUUCUGUGAACUCACCCUCGCUCAGACUUCUUAGGUUAACACCUGGAGAACAGCUUAACAUUAGUACUGGGCAGGUGUGCAAGGUGUGAUGCUACAUUUGACAGCUGUGCCUUACAAAGCCAGAUUCCCAAAGCAGGCAUUUGAUGGCGUUGCUGGUUACUGCUUCACAGCGUGUUUGUUGGGGGACACAAAUGUGCAUUUCGUUUCUGAUGCUGCUCAUGCUUGUAUGCACUGGCCCUUCCUGCUUUUGACCUGUGCUUGUAACAUGGCGUCAGUGUAGGAGAGAAGUGGGGGGUCAGUUUUAACCAACACAGACUAAGGUGGGCUGCCAGUGUAGUAGGUGCUUCUAGUUUGGCAAACUGUCUGUAGUCCAUUGCCAUAACCGAAUGUAAUCCGUGCAUGGCAUUCAUAUAGCAAAGCUAAAGAAAUGACUGCAGAGUCGCAUCUGAAAACAUGGUCUGAUGGUCCUGUUUCUAUGGUAACAUGGUUGCACAUACAUAGUGUUUACAAAUGUGAUUUUCAGCGUGUUGACAGACACUGCUGGAAAGUAAUUAGACAAUAGACAAAUACUGCAUAAACCACCAGUAGUGCCAUGUCUAGGGUAGAUACUCUUAAUGUCAUACAUAACCUGUGAGUGUCAUGUCUAGGGUAACUACUGUUAAUGUCCUUUCUUGCAUAACCUGUGUUAGUGUCGUGUCUAGGGUAAGUACUCUUAAUGUCAUUUCUUACAUAAGUGCCAUAUCUAUGGUAGUUUGGUAGCACCAUUUCUAGGUAGUUUCUGUUAGUGCUAUGUCUAGGGUACUUUCUUUUAGUACCAUUUCUAUGGUAGUUUGUGUUUAGUGCCAUAUUUAGGGUACUUUCUGUUAGCGUCUUUACUGUGGGAUUUUCUGUUAAUGCCAUAUCUAGGGUUGUUUCUGUUCUUAGUGCCAUUUCUAGGGUAACUAGUUGUCAUGGUCUUCACAGUUUGAAGUAGGUGUAAUAACACCUGUUGUGGUCAUGGUGGGGAGGACAUAGAAACAAAUAAGCACUGGGUAGUAACUGUUUAUUGCAGCUGCUGUAUGUUGUAACUAUAGUAAUGGAUUGUUAAAUUUGCUUGUUGUACCUCUGGGGUUUCUGUUGCAGUGAUCAUCACUGAUUCAUGGGUAUUGUUACGCAUGUUAGAGGUACUUUGCUUUUGAAGACAUAGCCUUUAUUAGUGAAUCAUUUUAGUCCGCCAUCUUCAGUAGUACUCGUGCACAGGUGGAGCCUAGCACUGUCAUUUUGUUUAACCAUAUUUAUAACUUGCCACUGCCUGCCAUUCCCUUAGUUCAGUGAGCAGGCCAUUGCUUACCUUGGUUACACUAACAAGGCUUUGGUGACGCAGCUUAUGCCGUGGCUUUUGGGUUUUGUUCUGUGUUCCAUUUUUGUUGCUUUCCUUCUAUUUCUGUUGGAAACUUCGAAUGGGAAUGUUUUUAGUUUGCUGCCAUUGUCAUAAUGGAAAAAGUUUGCAUUUCAGAUGAUAUUGGCACUUCUGGUGGUGAUGGUGUAGUUGUACCAGUGGGGAAUUUCAGACACUUGUACUGUGGGUCAUUAACAGUGCUACCUGUUCCAAUGUACUGAGCGCAGCUCUUGUGGUAAUGCUGUAUUGUCACACUGCAGGAUAACAGCUGUACCAGUUACAUUAUUAGCUACACAGGUGACAUUAUUAGCUGCACCACUAUCGGACUGACAUUUGGGUGGGUAACCAUAUUGCAAAAGUUAUGCAGCAGAAGGUUUGCAACUACCGCAGUUCUACCUUACACACACAUGCACGCACAAAGCACACACUUGUAUAUGUAACGUUGAGAGCUGUAUAAGCCACUUGGGUUAUUGUGACUUAAAACUGUAUUGUAACUUUUUAAUUAGGAGCUACACUCCAAAGUAACUGAACUGUAACAGCUGUAUUCUCCGGAAACAGAUUCACCUGACUUGUUCCAGGACACCAUAACUGUAGAAGUUUCACCUGUGUUGUGUAACUGAGAACACCUGUGCUGUGCAAACUCCAUAGGGCAGUUUUUAACUGAAACACCUUGUAUUGCUCAUGCACUUUACAACACAGGAAGGUUUCUGCAUUUGUUGUGUUCCAAAUGUAAUUGCAAUGAGAUGUCUGUAUUAGUCAUGCCUGAGACUUAAGACUGUAAUUUUCACACUCCAAGGCUAACUGCAAUGAAACAACUAUACUGAUUCUCACGAUGGAGAGGGCUGUAGUGGUCCCACUGGAGGAGGUAUUGCAGAGAAGUCCCUGUACGAGUUGCACUUCGGGACUGAGCUAUGCUUAUUGCCCACCCCAGGGUAACUGUGGUGAAACGAUUUCCUACUUGUCAAUCACACUGUAAGGCAGCUACAGUAGAACCACUAUUCUGUUCAUAUGUUCUGUUCCAAGAACUUUACCAUUUCAGAUGCUACUAUGGCUGCAGUGAAAUGGAUUCUUCAGUCUUAUACCCAAUGGAAACAACUGUGCUUUGUCACGUUUGAAUGAUGACUUCAGAAAAAGCACUCGUUUGACAGUAAGAACUGCACUUGGUCACUACAUGAAAAUUGUAACGAAUGAGGCAGCUGUUGUCCUGGAACUGUGGAGAACUCUGUACCCAAAUGCAAUGUAUCCUGUUUCUAGUAGUUCUUUAAUUCUUCUAGCAGCUGUUUUAACCAGGUGUAUAAUCCCCCUACAAUACUGAAUUUCAUUUUAAUUGUUUGUUAUAAAACUUCCAAUUGUUUGAAAAUGUAGUUACUCCUAGAAGACAAAAAUUGUAUAUCCCAUUGAGAAAGGAUCUAGUGCAAAGAGGACUGCUUCUGGAAUUAACUCGUGUAUUACUUGUGAUAUAAAUGAUGCCAUAGGAUGUUCACAUUUAAUAUAUAUUUUAGCAGUUAUGACCAGCCUAUACUGUAGUACCACUAUGACUUUACAUUUUGUACUUUUACCUUGUAUGUAUUUAAGACUCUAAUGGUGAUGGUUAUAGUUCUGUGGGUCUGCUGCUGAGCCUUUGUGGAAACAAGUGCCUUACACUUUAUGUAAAUAGUUCAUUGCUGCCUCAAGGCCACUUUUAAAAUUGUUAUAAACAUUAUAAUUUCAUUAUUAAAUUGUUCUGGUUUUAA